AUGUCGUCGCCGCCGGCGCCGCUUGGCCGUCUCGGCAUGAUGCCAGCCGAAAUUGUUCGCCAUGUUUGCCAAACGCUAUCCAUCAGCGAUCUCUUCAAUCUCCGUCUUGCCGAUCCAUUCUAUUUGGGACUCGUUGUUGACAAAACCGUGUUCCCCGACAUGCAUCGUCUAAAAGUCACACUGAACGGCGAUGACACCGCCAUUUUCGAGUUCACGCGAAAGUCGAGCAUGCUCGCCUCGGUGUGUCGCACGACGACUUCAAACGAUGACUGGCGGGACGCUGUGCGGCUGUCGAGAAAUAUCAAACAUCUCGAGAUUGACGUCGCCAAAGAUGCCUCCUCGUCUCGUGUGUUUCAUGCUUUUGGAACCGCGGACAUUCGACUAAAAUCGAUGAGGCUGAAAAUUCGAGACGGAUCAAGUCGCGCUAGUGAAAGAGUUCAACGCCUUCAUAAGAAUAUUACAAGCCUUGUCGCUUGCCAUUCUUCGACCCUCGUCCACUUGGAAGCUUCUACUUCCUCUGGGCACACGGUCAAUGCUGAAAUCGACGACGACACUUUGGUUCUCGACUAUGAGCACACUCACACCGCACCCGAAGUCGAUCAGCUGCAAACGCAUGCGCUCGCUUAUAACAUGUUUCACGCGGUACUUGCAAAACGCAAGUGCUCCAAAGUCACGCUCAACAUUGAAUCGAAAGGAAAUGUGAGUAUCGGACUACAGCGAGCAUUCCAAAUUGCAAUGCCUUACGGAAAUCGUCGGAAUCUCAGCGAGCUAACAAUAGUGUUUGGUAGUGCCGUUCAGCAAGUCGCCGAGGAAGAAGUGCAAAAGCUCAUUCUCGCGCAUAUGGAAGAAUUCCACUACACAACUCCAAACCUUCAACACUUCAUCUGUAGUCUACCACACAGCUUCAUCUCAUUGGAGAUGCUACAAAACGCCAUCCAGGACCAAAUCCAACAGUCUCGACCCUACAAGUCGUCGAUUCAGCAGCGGCCGGUCCACUGCAAAUAA